GGGACGGGCAGCUAGUAAUUAAUUAUACAGUAAUCCGUACAUCGCGCCAUGCUCCGCGACUCCCGCUCCGCCGACCCGCUCCUUGCCCACCACGACGACGACAACGACCGCGGCCGCCCAUCUUACCGCAGCCCUAGCCGACGCACCAGCCCGCUGCCCUCCCGAUCACACCUUUCCACCACCAUCACCACCACCACCACCACCACCCGCGCGUACGUCGCCCCCGUUAGCACCUCCCCCCCGCCGACUUCGCCUCGUGGCUUGUCCGCUCGCCCAGCCUUCGCCCGCCGCAGCCCAGCAGCGGCAGCGGCAGCGGCAGCGGCAACGACAACAACAAUGCGAUCUCGCAGCCCCGCCCUAACCACGGCUGCGGCGGCCGGCGCCGAGGCCCGCAGGCGGUACACGUAUGCCGCCUUCUUCCUGAUCGUCUGCCUGGUCUCCUUCACGGUGCAGACCAUGCUGGCCUCGGAGAUCCAGCACGACCGCGGGUGGGACAAGGCCUAUUGCAUGCUGUACCUGACGCACGGCUCGUGGGUGCUGCUGUGGCCGCUGCAGCUGGCCGUGCUCUGGGUGCGCCGGUCGCCGCCCGAGCAGAGCUGGCGCCGCUUCUGGGACGGCCACGUGCGCACGCUGCGGGCCAUCGCGCUCGUCGUGGAGACGCGGGACGUCAAGGCGGCGGCCGCCGCCGCCGCCAUGACCACCGUGAGGGAGUCCGCCGUCUACGGUCAGCUGGGCGGCGGGGUCGGCGGCGGGAGCGGGGGUGGCCUGCUCGAGUACGGCCACUCGCCCGUCAAGUACCUCGGCAAGGCCACCGCCGUCAUCACGUCGGCGCUCACCGUCGCCGGGCUGAGCUGGUACCUGGCUGUGAGCAUGACGACACCGAGUGAUUUGACGGCCAUCUACAACUGCAGCGCCUUCUUCGCCUACGCCUUCUCGGUGCCGCUGCUCAAGGAGAGACUGCGGGCGGACAAGAUGCUGGCCGUGGCCGUGGCCAUCGUCGGCGUCCUGGUGGUCGCGUAUGGCGACGGCGGGGACGGAGGCCCCGAAGAGUCCUCCUCCUCUUCAACCGCGUCGCCCGGUGGCGCCGGUGCCAGUAACGGAGGUGUGGUGGACCCCGCCGCCAGGUUCGCGGGGAAUCUCAUCAUCGGCGCCGGUUCCGUGCUGUACGGGCUGUACGAGGUCCUGUACAAGCGCUUCGCGUGCCCUCCCGAGGGCAUGGACGCCACCAGGGGGGUCAUCUUCGCCAACACCUUCGGCAGCCUGAUGGGCGCCUUCACCCUGCUGGUGUUGUGGAUUCCGCUGCCGGUGCUGCACGUCCUCGGGUGGGAGAAGUUUGAGGUUCCGACCGGCGAGACUGCGUGGCUGCUCUUCAUCAGCGUCAUCAUGAACAUGAUGUUUUCCGGUUCGUUCCUCGUGCUCAUCUCGUUGACGAGCCCGGUCCUCAGCUCCGUCGCCUCGUUGCUGACCAUCUUCAUGGUGGCCAUUGUCGACUGGUUUGUGACGGGGACACCGCUGAGCGGGGCCGCCGUCCUGGGCGGGCUGCUGAUCGUCGCCGCCUUCGUCAUGCUGAGCUGGAGCACGUGGCGCGAGAUGAACGAGGAGGAGCGGAGGAAGCAGAUCGACCUGAGCAGCGGCGACGAGGAUGACUAG